AUGAAUUCACGGUGUUUAAUAGUGCUAGCAGCCGCCCUCGGCGUGGCGGUCGGACAGGAGACCUUCAAGUGUCCCGAUGACUUCGGAUUCUACCCUCACCACAUCUCUUGUGACAAGUACUGGAAGUGUGACAACGGCGUGGCUGAACUUAAGACUUGCGGCAACGGUCUUGCCUUCGAUGCUACUGACUCCAAAUACUUGACUGAGAACUGCGACUACCUCCACAACGUUGAGUGCGGCGAGAGGACACAGCUUGAGCCUCCGAUCUCAACCCCUCACUGCCAGAGGCUGUACGGUAUCUUCCCUGAUGAGGCCAAAUGUGACGUCUUCUGGAACUGCUGGAAUGGAGAGGCUUCCCGCUACCAGUGCAGCCCUGGACUCGCUUACGACAGAGAAUCCCGUGUGUGCAUGUGGGCUGACCAGGUCCCCGAGUGCAAGAACGAGGAAGUAGCGAACGGUUUCUCUUGCCCCGCUCCCGGUGAGGUGUCCAACGCUGGCUCCUUCAGCCGUCACGCCCACCCCGAAGACUGCCGUAAAUACUACAUCUGCUUGGAGGGAGUCGCCCGUGAGUACGGAUGCCCCAUCGGUACCGUGUUCAAGAUCGGUGAUGCUGACGGCACCGGCAACUGCGAAGACCCUGAAGAUGUUCCCGGAUGCGAGGACUACUACGGGGAUCUGGAUCUGAAGACGAUCCGCAAGAGCGAGCUGCUCGCCGGCCUCCAGCAAGACGGCCAGACCCGCAACACGCCCAAGCAGCUCAAACCCCGCCCCCAAAAGGAGAACUAA